AUGCCUCAAAAAGUUGGUGAAUUGGCUAAAACUUUGCCCUACUAUCCAAAAGAGUUGCCUUUAGUUCUUGUUUCUGUUAAGGGUAAGGAGGAUGUAACUGUUAGAAGAGCCCAAGUUGAAGAAGCAUUAUACUGGUUAAUUUAAAAUAAUCCUCAUUACAAAGAUCUCAAAAUUAACAUGCAUGCUUUAAGUUGUUUACCAGAAGAUGGUAUUCCAAAUGAUGUUAAAGUUAUAGAAUCGGUGAAUGAAGAUGUAGGAAGUGACGAUGAUAUAGAUGAAGAUUCUAGCAUUGAUUAUGAAGAAAUUGUAUACAACGAAUCUACAGAAACAAGUAGUGUUAUUCCUGACAUCAGCCACAACCACAGUUUCUAA